CCCUCAGGUCUAGCCCCGCCCCGGCGCGGUUGCUGCGGCACAUCCGGCGGCGCAGUCCGCUCGUCUACUCCGCGCCAUGGCGGUGUCUGAGGGAGCGUCGUUCGGCAGCUCUCUACUCUGGCCUCGCGUGUUGCUUUUCGGGGACUCCAUCACGCAGUUUUCUUUCCAGCAGGGUGGAUGGGGAGCAUCACUGGCUGACAGGCUAGUCAGAAAGUGCGAUGUUCUGAAUCGUGGAUUUUCAGGUUACAAUACCAAAUGGGCCAAAAUUAUUCUUCCAAGAUUAAUCAGGAAAGAGAACAGUAUCGAAAACCCAGUUGCAGUUACAAUUUUCUUUGGUGCCAACGACUCUUCAAUAAAAGAUGAAAAUCCCAAGCAGCACGUUCCCUUGGAUGAAUACCGUGCAAACCUACAGGACAUGGUCCAGUACCUCAGGUCUGUGGAUGUCCCUGAAGAUCGAGUCAUUCUCCUCACACCACCUCCACUCUGUGAAGCAGCCUGGGAGAAGGAAUGUGUCCUGAAAGGGUGCAAAUUAAAUCGCCUGAACUCAAUUGUUGGUGAAUAUGCUAAAGUGUGUUUGCAAGUAGCCCAAGACUGUGGGACUGAUAUCCUUGACCUGUGGACCCUGAUGCAGAAGGACAACCAGGACUUUUCGUCUUAUUUAUCAGAUGGACUACAUUUAUCACCAGCGGGAAAUGAAUUUUUGUUUUCACAUCUCUGGCCUCUGAUAGACAAGAAGGUCUCUUCUCUGCCCUGGCUGCUUCCUUACUGGAAGGAUGUGGAAGAAACAAAGCCUGAACUGAGUCUGCUGGGAGAUGGAGACCAUUAGUCAGCCUGGGGAAGCCAUAACUUUGUUAAUUCACAAACAUUCCAAGAGAUUGAUUUAAACACUAUUUCUUCUCAAGCUUAAACUUCUGUUCAUGAUCUUGGCUCAAAAAACUGUUAACAUUUGCUACCAAUAUUAAUAAAGUUUUAAGAUUUUUCAGGGAAACGCUGUACUUGAUACACUGUUUUGUUAUUCAGGAUUUAUUGACUAAAGCAGGCAUUGUCAAUGGCACAGCUACAGAAUAUACCCUGAGCAGCUUGUUAAUCUGGUAAAUGGCAAAAAAGUAAAGACAAUUUUGUUUUUUUAAAAAAUCACAAUUUUAUAAAAAAUGUUUUUCUUCCAUUCUGCCAGGAACUCCUUCAUUCAUACACCCACACACCCCACUCACCUUAUACCAAAUUCUGCAAGUGUAACUAGAGUAUAAGAACAUCAUGACUAGUUGAGAGCAAAUACCGUAAGGUCCAAAGUUCAAGUAUUAGGGUAACAAGGAGUUGUGUAACAAACGUCCUCAGAAGGAAAGAAGGCACAGGUUUGGUUAACUGUCCUCAAACUUCACAAGUUAUCUUGGUUAAAAUGUGUUAGCUGGUGAGCACAUUUCAGUUUUAUACCUAGAACUUACAAAAGUCAGAAUUCAGGCUAAUGAUUUUUAUCCUUCACACAGUAAAUACAGAUCAUUCAGAAUCCUGAAGCACUAAAGAAGUCAUGUGAAUAUCUAUUUUCUG